CGGGUUUAGACAGACGAUCGGCCCAAAGACACGAUGGCAGAAAGCAAAUACGAAACCGUGCGCGUUUCUGGCAACACCGACGAGAAUCCGUUCGAGGCCAUCGGUCUCACGAACGCCGUGGAGGAUCUCGUUCAGGCCGAACGGCACCACGUCACCAGCAUGAACAAAGCCCAGCUCCAUUCACUGCCUCUGCGAUCUUAUCUCGAUCAGACCCUGAUUCCAGUACUUUCAGAGGGCAUGAAGGCGAUCGCAAAAGAGCGGCCGCCAAAUCCAUGCGAAUACCUGGCCCUAUUUCUGCUCCGCAACGGGCCCAAAUAGCGUCGCAUACUUGACGAACCCGACGCCAGAUGGCGCUUUGGUUCGAUAUCGCAAGCAGCGACGAUAUCUCAUCCCAGG